GUGCUCUAGAAUCGUUAUUUUUAAUAUUUUGAUUAAAAAUACUGUGAGAAAGGCAGAUCAUUCAUACACAAACUCUGAAGCACAUUCUUCUUGUUUAGUUGCCAAAAAAUGGCGUCGUCACUGGAGCAGUAUGUGAAUAUGGUCCAAAGCAUGUCAUCUUCAGGGAAUUUCACGCAGCUGUGCGAUUAUAUUAACAAGAGUAGUGACAUGCUUGCAAAAAACUCCUCUCAUCUUGACAAUGUUUAUGCAACUCUGGAUAUCCAGCAAGCCUCUCUUGGGAUAUUAGGAAUUCUGUGUGUAAAGUACACAUUGCCAAGUAAUCCAGAUAUUGAAACAACACUUAUCCAGACCACAGAAUUUCUUGCAAAAUGCAAUGGGGAGCAUGUACGAUAUGCAACUGAUAACUAUGCAGAGUUGUGUCAUAAAUUUGCCCAAGCUCUCAUUGAUAGGAAAAUGUAUUCCAGAGGAAUAGCUCCUCUAGUUCAAGCUAUUCAAAAAAUUCAGAUACACCCAGCUCAGCUGACAUCUAUUCAUUCAAGUCUGUGUCAGUUGUGUUUGCUAGCAAAAAACAUGAAACCAGCUUUGCUUUUCCUGGAUAUAGAUGUUACAGAAAUUAGUAGAGAGGGAGGACACUUUGAUGCAAAGGAUUAUUUACUGUAUUACUACUAUGGUGGAAUGAUCUACACAGCUCUGAAGAACUAUGAUAGGGCACUUUAUUGUUUUGAAAUUGUGAUUACUACGCCAAGUGCUGCGGUCAGCCAUAUUAUGAUGGAAGCAUUUAAAAAGUUUACUUUAGUCUCCUUGAUAUUACAUGGAAAGAUUAUUGUGUUACCUAAGUACACACCUCAGGUGCUUCAAAGAUAUAUUAAGCCUCUGUGUCAGUCUUAUGUGGAUCUUUCAAAUGUUUAUACGCAAAAUAAUUUGGCUGAACUGCGUGCCAUUGUAAACAAGCAUACAGAAGUAUUUAACAGAGACAAUAACAUGGGACUUGUAAAACAGUGUAUGACAUCUUUAAUUAAGAAAAAUAUCCAGCGGCUCACUAAAACAUUUCUUACUUUGUCACUUGCUGACAUGGCUAAUAGAGUCCAGUUGUCAAGUCCUCGGGAAGCAGAGAAAUAUGUUCUUCACAUGAUUGAAGAUGGUGAGAUAUUUGCAACAAUCAAUCAAAAGGAUGGUAUGGUUCGAUUUCAUGAUAACCCUGAAAAUUAUAAUAGUCCCAACAUGCUCCUCGAUCUAGACAAAGAGAUGCAACAAUGUAUACAGCUGGAUGAGAAGCUAAAGGAGAUGGAUAGAGAGAUAGCUAUCAACCCUCAAUAUGUACAAAAAAUUUUACGCCUUGUUCAUUACCAGAGUUCUGGUGCUCAUGAGGAUGACCUUCCUGGAACUUCUACUGCUACUGGCAAGAUACAGGCAUAUUAAUGAUUUAAGAUCCAACAAUUCACUUGUUUUAAAUGAAACUGAAUUCAAGAGAUAAGAUAGUGUCACCACUGCGCCACUUGUUGAAGAAUGCCAACCUGUUGAAAGCCUGCGGCACAAUAUGAAAUUUGUUUUGUAGAGUAUAUGUAACAACUUAAGUUGUUUUGAAACAGGGAUUUCAAGAAAUGAAUUUAGCUUUGAUAAUGAAACUAGAUAAAUGUUUAUUUAUUAUUGUUGGUGACUUGGGGCUUGAAUUGUCAUGCUGAGUUCAUCCAUUAAAGUUUGGUUUCCUUUCUGUUGAAAAAACCUUUUGCUUAGCUACACCUUAAUCUGAGAAGUUGUAUAAUUAUGAAUGUAUUGUGGUUAACAAUAUUAAGUUACUUCUCAUCUAAAUAUUUUUUUUAUAUUAAUAAAUGUUAUUACUGCCA